AUGUACCAGAGCCUGGCCAUGGCCGCCAACCACGGUCCCCCUCCGGGGCCCUACGAGGCGGGCGGCCCGGGCGCCUUCAUGCACGGCGCGGGCGCCGCGUCCUCGCCGGUCUACGUGCCCACGCCGCGGGUGCCCUCCUCCGUGCUCGGCCUGUCCUACCUCCAGGGCGGAGGCGGGGGCACCGUGUCCGGGGCCGCCUCGGGCGGCAGCUCAGGGGCCGCGCCGUCGGGCGCAGGGCCCGGGACCCAGCAGGGCAGCCCGGGCUGGAGCCAGGCGGGAGCCGAGGGAGCCGCCUACACCCCGCCGCCCGUGUCGCCGCGCUUCUCCUUCCCGGGCACCACCGGGUCCCUGGCCGCUGCCGCCGCCGCCGCUGCGGCCCGGGAAGCCGCGGCCUACAGCAGUGGCGGCGGGGCGGCGGGCGCCGGCCUGGCGGGCCGCGAGCAGUACGGGCGAGCCGGCUUCGCGGGCUCCUACUCCAGCCCCUACCCCGCCUACAUGGCCGACGUGGGCGCGUCCUGGGCCGCGGCCGCCGCCGCCUCCGCCGGUCCCUUCGACAGCCCGGUUCUGCACAGCCUGCCCGGCCGGGCCAACCCUGCGGCCCGACACCCCAAUCUCGUAGAUAUGUUUGACGACUUCUCGGAAGGCAGAGAGUGUGUCAACUGCGGGGCCAUGUCCACCCCGCUGUGGCGGCGGGAUGGGACGGGACACUACCUGUGCAACGCCUGCGGCCUCUACCACAAGAUGAACGGCAUCAACCGGCCCCUCAUCAAGCCCCAGCGCCGCCUGUCCGCCUCCCGCCGAGUGGGCCUCUCCUGCGCCAACUGCCAGACUACCACCACCACUCUGUGGCGCCGCAACGCCGAGGGCGAGCCCGUGUGCAACGCCUGCGGCCUCUACAUGAAGCUCCACGGCGUCCCCAGGCCUCUUGCAAUGCGGAAAGAGGGGAUUCAAACCAGAAAACGGAAGCCCAAGAACCUUAACAAAUCGAAGACGCCAGCAGGUCCCUCGGGCAGUGAGAGCCUCCCUCCCACCACCAGCGCUUCCAGUAGCAGCGCGGAAGAGAUGCGUCCCAUCAAGACAGAGCCUGGGCUGUCAUCCCACUAUGGGCACGGCAGCUCCCUGUCGCAGACAUUCUCGGUCAGCGCGAUGUCUGGCCACGGGUCCUCCAUCCACCCGGUCCUCUCGGCCCUGAAGCUCUCUCCGCAAGGUUACGCGUCUUCUGUCAGCCAGUCACCGCAGGCCAGCUCCAAGCAGGACCCUUGGAACAGCCUGGCCUUGGCUGACAGUCACGGGGACAUAAUCACUGCAUAA